UCCUUGUGCAGUGUCUGUGCUGCUGAGCUGGGCCGGGCUCCUGGCACAGAGGGUGAUGCUGGUAAGCAAGCAGAGCUUCAAAAGCACAUUUCUCUGGAUGAGCAGCUCUUCUCCCAGCCCAGCAGGGCUGGGGCACUGCCUGCAGCCAGCGCGGGCACAGCCCAGAGGCACAGAGAGCUUCAAUCAGUCAGGGCUGGGAAGGUGCUGAGAAGUGCCUGGGGCAGAAUCACUGCCAGCCCUUGGCACAGGAACCUCUGGCUGCAGGACAAUGCAGCUGCAGCUCCUGCAGUGAUCUCCUCAAGCUGGAACAUCCCAAUGCCCACAGCCCCUGUGAGUACAUUCUCUGAUGGUCUCUUGUGCAGAGCAGCCAGGGGUGCCCAGGGCUGUCCUGCAGAGCAGGGUCCUGCAGCCCAGGGCGCUGUGCUGGGCCAGGGACUCUGCUGCCUGCCAGGGACAGCUCUCAGCCGGCCCGGGGAGCUGCUGCCAGCGCUGGCCAGAAGCUGUGGGGGGAAGGAGCCACCCUGAGCAGGGCAGGUGCUGCUGCUGAGAGCUGCUGGCUGGGGCAGGGCUGCUCCCAGCUCCAGACCAGCCUGGGCACAGCUCCGGAGGACACUUCCCAAAGAAGGAAGAGGACCUACAAGAAGAACAUUUUGGUUGUUGACCAGAAUAUGAGCAGUCAUAACAAAAAGUGUGGCAAAGUAGCCCUUGGACCUACUCCAAUGGGUUGAGCCAGGAGUGUGUAACUGGGACAACUGAAUCUCCUAUUGGAUUUUCCUGUUAAAUAUCCUAAUUCAUCAACCUUUUGAAAUUGUUGAAAUCAGGAGCCGAUUGUGCCUCAUCCCCACUGGGACACCUGGAAGCUUCCAAUAAAGAGACUCCAGAACUGUGACUUUGGGUGGUCAGUCUCUCUGCUGGCAGCCUCCCAAAGGGCCUUCAGCCACUGCUCAGCCCUGGACAGCAGCAGCAUCACCUUGGCAGGGCCCAGCAGGGCUCUCCUGAGCUGCCCUUGCCCAGCUGCACACAGACCCUGCCCCAGCCAGGGCCCUGCACACAGGUGCCCAUGUGCAGCCACAGCCAAUGUCCAACAGCAGCUCCAUCAGCCACUUCCUCCUGCUGGCACUGGCAGAGACGCGGCAGCUGCAGCUCCUGCACUUCUGCCUCUUGCUGGGCAUCUCCCUGGCUGCCCUCCUGGGCAACGGCCUCAUCAUCAGCGCCGUAGCCUGCGGCCACCACCUGCACACGCCCAUGUUCUUCUUCCUGCUCAACCUGGCCCUCAGCCACCUGGGCUCCAUCUGCACCACUGUCCCCAAAGCCAUGCACAAUUCCCUCUGGGACACCAGCACCAUCUCCUACACUGGAUGUGCUGCUCAGGUUUUUUUCUUUCUUUUCUGUGCUGCAACAGAGUUUUAUCUCCUGACCAUCAUGUGCUACGACCGCUACGUGUCCAUCUGCAAACCCCUGCACUAUGGGACCCUCCUGGGCAGCAGAGCUUGUGCCCACAUGGCAGCAGCUGCCUGGGCCUGUGCCUUUCUCAAUGCUCUCAUGCAAACAGCCAAUACAUUUUCCCUGCCCCUGUGCUGUGGCAAUGCCCUGGGCCAGUUCUUCUGUGAAAUCCCACAGAUCCUCAAGCUCUCCUGCUCCAAAUCCUAUCUCAGGGAACUUGGACUUCUUACUGUUAGUGCCUGUUUGGUAUUUUGUUGUUUUGUGUUCAUUGUUUUCUCCUAUGUGCAGAUCUUCAGGGCCGUGCUGAGGAUCCCCUCUGAGCAGGGACGGCACAAAGCCUUUUCCACCUGCCUCCCUCACCUGGCCAUCUUCUCUCUGUUUGUAAGCACUGGUAUAUUUGCCUACCUGAAGCCCACCUCAAUAUCCUCCCCAUCCCUGGAUCUGGCUCUGUCAGUUCUGUACUCGGUGGUGCCUCCAGCCCUGAACCCCCUCAUCUACAGCCUGAGGAACCAGGAGCUCAAGGUUGCAGUGAGGAGACUGAUGACUGGAUGGUUUCAGAAACAUUAAACUGCUGAGCAAUUUCUGCCAA